AUGAACAGUUUUUCACAAGUUGUUUUUUAUAUUCUGACCCCAGGAGUUCGUUUGGUCAAUGGGCACAAUCCAUGCCAAGGUCUUUUGGAAAUCCUUUAUAAUGGCACUUGGGGGACGGUGUGUGAUGAUGACUGGGACAUCGUCGAUGCCAAUGUUGUUUGCCAGCAGCUUGAAUGUGGCCGUGCCCUCUCUGCGGCAGGAACACUGCCCUUUGGCAAAGGGUCAGGGCUGAUCCUGCUGGAUAAUGUUGAUUGCAAAGGGACAGAGUCAUCGCUGAGCGAGUGUGGAAGCCUGGGCUGGGCCAUUCACAACUGCAACCAUUAUGAGGAUGUGGCGGUCAUAUGCAAUGAUUUCAGCUCAACACCAAUCAACCCGAUAAAUAAAACCCAAGAAUCUGCCUGGGAAUAUAAACAAGGGGAAGGCAAUAUUCGACUAGUUAAUGGCUACAAUUCCUGUCAAGGCAGAGUGGAGAUUAAGUACAGAGGACAGUGGGGAACAAUUUGUGACGAUGACUGGGGCAUGAAUGAUGCCAAAGUCGUGUGCCAGCAGAUGGGCUGUGGCACAGCGAUAUCUUCCACCACUAACUCUUAUUUCGGAUAUGGCAAAGGACUGAUUCUAUUGGACAACGUCAACUGUGACGGGACUGAGCCAUCACUAUUGAGCUGUAGCAGUCUGGGAUGGGGUGUACAUAAUUGCGGGCACCAUGAAGAUGCAGGAGUCAUCUGUGCAGAUUCUUGGGCUCCCAAAACAGCUCCAGAUGUUUCGUCCAUUACACUUGCUGCAGACCACACUGGGACCGAAUCUACUACGAGUACCCUUCACAUUACAGAUGUGACAGACCAUGUUUCUGAACAGCUUACAACCACGAAACUCACAACUCCCCAGACUGCCAGAUCCAUCCGUCUGGUGAAUGGUAACAACAGCUGUCAAGGCCGAGUGGAGAUUUUCUACGGCAACAAUUGGGGAACCGUGUGUGACGACGAGUGGAAUAUUAAAAACGUGGCGGUGGUCUGCAGGCAGCUGGGAUGUGGGGGCGCCAUUACAGCAACCGAGUUGAGCUACUUCGGCUAUGGCCGUGGCCCGAUAUUGCUGGACAACGUGAACUGUGAAGGAACAGAGGCGUCCUUGUCAGACUGUUUUAACCUAGGCUGGGGAAAGCACAACUGCAGACACCACGAAGAUGCUGGUGCUAUUUGUGUAGAGUAUAAAACUCCUGAGGUGACAGGUUCUGGCAAACAAGCACCAGUAAUAACCACGACAAGGACAUCACAAGCACUGAAGACAGCAGAAGAAUCGCAAAUCCGCCUUGUGAAUGGACGGCACCGAUGUGAGGGGCGUCUGGAGAUCUACCUAAUGGCACAAUGGGGCACCGUUUGUGAUGACGCCUGGGACUUGCGGGCAGCGAAGGUGGUCUGCAGGCAGCUGGGCUGUGGCAGGGCCCUGGCUGCUAAGGCAUGGGCGUACUUCGGGCAGGGCGUGGGCAUCAUCCACCUCGACAACGUGAAAUGCAAAGGAAACGAGAGCUUGCUGAGCCAGUGCUCCCAUAUUGACUGGGACGUCCACAACUGUGACCAUACGGAAGAUGCAAGUGUGAUGUGCACAUUAUGAACAAUCUCAAUGAAGGUGCCUUCCAUUGGCAAUCUGGGUGAGGGGAGGGGGCGGCUUGGGAAGAGAGACACAUUGAAUAUAUGUAAAUCUAUAAAUGUGUAAAUAGCUCAAAACUACCAACCUGAAAUCCCCAUAUAAUG